UGGUGCCAGAGGAAACCUGUACUCAGGCUGCACUCACCCUCUUCCUCCGUGGUCGGCACGAUGGCGUCCUCUGGUGCGACUCCGCGGUACCCAGUAUGGAUAGCUGCCGCCAUGCUGACAGUCGUGGGUCUCGGCUUCCUUGGUCUCAGCUACGAGAACGACUUUAUCGUCCAGUCGAACACGAUCUCGAACGCCAAGCUCACGCCGACAAACCACAUCGUGUACGCCAACCGCACGGUUGAUAAGGGUCUAGUGACGGAAGCGCUGGUGAACACAGGUGAUCGCGGCAAUGCGUACACGGCUGACCACUACGACAAGUCGACCGUGCAUGUUGUCUACAGCACGAGCUGCGACCAGCCGAACCGGCAGUUCCUCAGCGCCGGGUUGCAGAUCUCUGCGUCCAAGGUCGGCCAUCGCGGGCCCAUGACCGAGAUCAUCUCUGGAUGUAGCGAGCAAGACAUCGUGCGCCUUGCAGCGGAACCGACGUUUUAUUACGAUUAUCACCGGCACUACUCGCCAUCGUUCAACCUGCAUCCAAAACCCGGCAUCACCGACUCGUACUCGCCGUACAACAAGCCGUUUGCGCUCCGCCACCUCCUCCACACGGCGCCGUCGCUGUCCAACCCCGCCGCCGUCAAAGGCAACAUGCCCGUGGCUCUCGUCGACGCCGACUUCAUCUUCUUUCAACCGCUGCGGGUCAACACGGGCACGGACGUCGCUGCCUUCUACCACGGCGGGAAACGCCAGGGCCAGCCCAUUCUCGACACGGUGGUAGAUGGUCGCGCGCUGGCGCAGGACUGGACGCCGUUCUACGGCGGCGGGUGGUUCCAACCAGAGAACCGCGACAAGAAGGAUGCGAUCUGCGCGGGCAAGCCGUGCGAGAACAUCACGUCGGAAGAUGGUGCGGAGUACUAUGCGGGUGGCGGACCACCGUACAUUUUGACCAAGAACGACUGGCUGCGCAUGAUCGACGACUACGGCGACUUUGUCAUUGCGGGGCGCACACUGUCCAAGCACUGGAUGGUGGAAAUGUAUGCAUACGGCCUCGCGGCGGGCAACCACCACAUCCAGCACACGUUUGUGGCGCACUUGGCGCCGACCCUUCCCAAGGUCGAGUUGCAUUCAUGGUCAUUUCUUGACGACGAUAUGGCCAACCCGUGCGACCCGACGCUGGACGUUGUGAUGCCGCGCCAUCCGCCCGUCGCCGUGCACUACUGCCAAAAGUACGGCUUCCUCGACAAGGAGGACGAGGGUUUUCACUUUUACAAGUACCAUGUCCCGUACGACAUUUUGAGCUGCGACGCGAUGCUGCUCGAGCUGCCGCCACCGACGCAAUGGACAAACAUCGACACGCUCGGGUUGACGGGCCAUGCCCUCGCAGUCAAGCGCCACGAAGUCUGGACCGAGUGCACGCUGGCGAAAAUCCUCAACCAAGUCUUUCUCACGGCCAAGGAGAAGCUGUGCCCCCUCGGAUUCAACACACACCAAGGACUCCCCAUGAGCGAACCGCACAAACGCGACUCGGCGCUGCCAGGCGGCAAGCCCAAAGUCGUACCUUCGCCGCGGUGACGGGGUGUAAUGAUAUUGUCCUCUCUUGCCGUUGGACUCGGCAUGCAUG